AUGGGGCGCAGGCAUGAUAUCGUCCAAUGCCCAAUGGAACCAACCGUGCAUUUUUCUCGGCCGUCUCAGGUGGUUCUUUUGCCGGAAUUCGACAAGGAUCCCCGGUACAAGUUCAGCAGCAGCAGAAGCAUCCGCAGCCGCAAGGGAGGGUUUUCCGCUGGACUCGGCCACUUCUCCAUAGCGCUGCCGUAUCUGCAGGUCAUGAGAGAGCAACAGGCAGAGAAAUCGGCGAGAGACGAUGGGGCGCGCGUGUUGCAGCGUGCCUUCGGUGGUCUGCUGGCAAGGUCCAAAUGUCGCCUCGUUUGCUACGACGUCCUGGAGGCCAUGGAAGAGGUUCGACAGCAAGGCCGACGACUCCUUGAAGAAGACAUUCUCCGGCAGAAGGAAAGCGAUGCAGCCAGAUGUAUUCAAGGGGCGUGGAAGGGACGGAAGUUGCAGAUCAAGCUUUCGGAGCUGAAGUCGGCUGCAAAGGUGGUCCAGCGAUGCUUCCGCAGGCUUGAGGCGAAGCGAGCGGCCGAAAAAGCCGAACGAAACCGCCUCGAAGGCCCGGAGGUUCUCACGGUGUACCACGGAGGAACCGUGAUAAGCGGCGUGCCGCUGAUGCUCUCCGUCUUGCGCUGCGGCUACAGCUACAAAUUUGUCGGGCGCGAUCAGGAGGCGUGCUGGGCUCACCAUGGGUACUGCUACGAGUUCGAGGUCGUGAAAAUUGUGCAGCACCACAACCGGAGGUAUGCGGAGGGGCACAGGGGAGACACGUUCCUAGCGGGCCGGGUCGGACCAAUAGAUCCGUCUCGUCAUAAGAAGAUUGUGGAAAUGCUGGUGUCAAGACUGGCCUUAGUGGAUGCUCUCCCCGGUCCAACAGCUGAACUGCGUGGUCAACACCGGUGCGAAAACUUAGUGUUGUUCAUGAGGUGCCGGAGGGUGUCCCGAGGGUUCUGCUUGAUAGGGUCAUGGCGUUCCACUGCGGUCAUGGAUGUACAGUAUUUCUAUAUAUGA